AUGAGUGAUACAAGUAUUUCAAGUGAAGAAGAACCAUUUGUUGACUCCGGUAGUGAAUAUGUACCGUCAAAUCCUGAUAUCCCAGGUCCUAGCCGGAUACGUAAAAGAUUGUUUCCCGCCAAAACCCAAAAUCGUAGAAACACUGCUGCAAAUGAACAGGGCAUAGCCCAGGAAAACACUGCUGCAAAUGAACAGAGCAUAGCCCAGGAUAAUGUGUUGAAAUUUAAAAAAGGUAAAAAAAGAGUUAAAAACCCAAGUUUUUGGAAAAGAAAUAACAUUAAGAGAAAAAAAGCGAAGAGAGAGGAGUACAUUAACUGGGCAAAACAAAAGGUUCCGAAGAAAACCACUGGACCAAACUGCAACUGUAAAAUGAAAUGCUUCACAAAAAUAAGUGAUCCCAAAAAACAGAGUAUACUUAAACAGUUCUACGAUAUAGGCGAUAAAAAUAGACAAGACACAUAUUUAGGUGGUCUGAUAACAGUUUUGGGUGUGCAGCGUAAGCGACCAACAACAGGCGAAGGAAAAGAAAAAACUGUUUUCUAUCAGUAUAAGAAGUGCGACCAUCUUACUAACAUAAUAGCUGCAGAAAACGAUGCAGAAAGAAAAGUUAUUCUGGAGGGUGACAAACGUUUGCACAUACAAAAAGCAGAAGUGUUUUACAAAAAGUUGAAAGAAGCUACAGAACUUGCGAAAGGUGGAGGAGUCGAUGUUUUAUGUUUUGACUAUCAGCAGAAUCUACCUCUGCCCCAUAUUCCAUCGGGUGACGUAUUUUACAAACGACAGUUGUGGGAGUACAACUUCUGUAUUCAUUCCUCUAUAACAAAACUAGCUACUUUCUACAUGUAUGAUGAAAUGACGGCGAAAAAAGGAUGCAAUGAAGUCGUCAGUUUUUUACAUCAUUACAUAACUAAUUAUGUUUCUGAAGAUGUAACCACGCUUUACUUAUUUUCGAACAACUGUUUUGCACAAAAUAAAAACCAUACUUUAAUUCAAUAUUUGCAUACUUUCAUGAACAUUUCGGGUUCACGUAUUCGCCAGAUUAUCCAUCAGUUUCCAGAACCGGGUCACAGUUUUCUACCGUUCGACCGUUGCUUCGGUCUUAUUGAAAAGGAAAAGAGGAAGAAAGAGAUUGUUUACUUGGCAUAUGAUUGGAUAAAUUUAGUUAAGAAGACCUAA